GAAAAAGCAGAAGCGUGCUUCGCUCUCUUUCGCUCUCGUCGCCCCAUUUUCAGACUUCCUCUCCGCCGGGCGUCCCGCCCCCUUGUCGUCGUCUCUCUCGUCACUGCUCCUUUCCCGUCCAGCACUGAUCGACUACUAUACACGGUUGCCUGCCUUUGCCUUUGCCUUUUCGUUCAUACAAUAAUAGAGGGGAAAAAGAAAGAAAAUUGCGCCUCAACCAAACCCUCCCCUUUUCCUUCCACAUUUCAAACACUCUCUGUCCUUCUCCCUCUCUCCUUCGCCAUAAUAAUUUUGUUCUUUACACUGCAAUAGUUGCCGCCUCGACACCCAAAAGGAAAGAAAUAUUUCCCCUUUUUUUCUAAUUUGGAUUCCGGACCCCAGAGUUUCCUUUUGCCCCGAAAGUUCCUGCAUUUUCUUCUUCCGCGAGGGAGGGAUCAAGUAAAGCCAUCGGAAUUUUUUUUGUUUGCUUGGUGGGUUUUGCUGGCCGCGUCGAGAGAUCAAAAGGGUUUUUGGCGGUUUCCGUCGACGAGGUUUCUGGACUAGGGAGGCGGACGAUUUGAGAGUCGCGCUUCGGCCGGGUUGUUUUUGUUCUGGAGUUGUUGGAAAUACCACGUUCGAGAUUGUUUUGACCUUUUCUUCUCGCCGCAGAGGGCUUGAUUAGGGUUCUCUUGGCCGACCAGGUUGUUUUUUGUCAACAAAAUAGAUAUAACAAAAGAGGGAAAAGGAACAACAUCUAUGGUUGCAAAGGAACAGCAUGGGGUUACCACCUACUCCCCUAAAGCGGUGGUGGGUGAAAUUGACACGAGGGCGCCCUUUCAAUCUGUCAAAGAUGCUGUCACCCUAUUCGGGGAGGGUGCUUUCUCCGGAGAAAAGCCAGCCAUAAAGAAGCCAAAGCCACAUUCUGCAGAGCGAGUUUAUGCAAAGGAUACACAGCUUCACGUAGCCCAGAAGGAGUUGAACAAGUUAAAGGAUCGGCUAAACAGUGCUGAAACAACCAAGGCUCAAGCAUUAACUGAGCUUGAAAGAGCUAGAAGAACAGUUGAUGAUCUGACCCAAAAACUCAAAACUGUCAACGAAGCAAAAGAGUUGGCACUAAGAGCCACAGAGACUGCCAAAAAUAAAGUGAAGCAAAUUGAAGAAGCAAAUAGUAGUGGUGACCAGCCAACUGAUGCUGCUAGGCUGCAGGAUUUAGAGGCUGCAAGGGAACAGUAUUUAACUGUAUUUUCAGAGCUCGAUGUUGCGAAGCAAGAACUAAGGAAACUACGGCAGCAGUGUGAUGCAUCCUUGGAGGCAAAGGUUGCUGCUAUUAAACAAACUGCUGAAGCCCAACAUUCAGCCAAAGUAAACGUUGAAAAAGUUAGUGAACUCUCUAACGAGAUCUCAUCAAUGCAAGAAUCGAUUGGGCAAGUCAAGCUUGCAUCUCUUCAGUCCCAUGAAGAACAGACCAAAAUAUUUUCUGAAAAGGACCUUCAGAAGCAGUCAUACAAGGCUACCCUGGAAGAGUCUACGAACAAGCUUAUUGCAUUGAAGAAUGGCUUCGAUCCAGAACUUGCACAGAAUCUCGAAAAGCAACUGACAGAAACAAUGAAUGAGAUAAGUACUUUGAGAGUGCAGAUGGACCGUGCAAAGGCUUCAGAUUUGGAUUCUGUUAAAAGCGUCACUUCAGAGUUAGAUGGUGCUAAGGAGUCACUGCAGAAAGUAGUGGAAGAAGAAAGCUCUUUGAGAAGUUUAGUUGAAUCGCAAAAGCUUGAGCUGGAGAUUGUGAAGAAGGAACAUCUGGAACUCAAGGAGAAAGAGGCUGAAACAGAAUCUAUUGCUGGAAACUUGCAUGUCAAGCUACGGAAAUGUAAGUUGGAGCUUGAAGCAGCCAUUGCAGAGGAGUCCAAGGCAAGAGGUGCUUCUGAAGAAAUGAUCACAAGUCUCCACCAAUUAUCAAUGGAAUCUGUGAAUGCACAUCGUGAAGCUGAAGAGAUGAAGAACAAAGCUGAGGAGUUGAAGCAGGAAGCUGAAGCAACAGAGGUUGAACUAGAAGAAGCCGACAAGAAGCUGAAAAUUGCCCUGGAAGAAGCUGAAGAAGCCAAGACAGCAGAGGUAAGGGCUCUUGAUCAGAUCAAGGCACUUUCAGAGAGAACCAAUGCUGCACGUGCGUCGACAUCCGAGUCAGGUGCCAAUAUCACACUCUCGAGGGAUGAGUUCGAGGCUUUGAGACGAAAGGUGAAGGAGUCGGACGAAUUGGCUGAAAUGAAAGUGGCAGCAGCUGUGGCUCAAGUGGAGGCUGUUAAGGCUAGCGAGAAUGAAGCACUGAAAAGAGUAGAGGCAAUGCAGAAAGAGAUUGCGGAUAUGAAUGCUGCAACCCAGGAGGCAUUGAAGAAGGCUGAGAUGGCUGAAGCAGCUAAAAGGGCAGUGGAGGGAGAGCUAAGAAGGUGGCGGGAAAGGGAUCAGAAGAAGGCGGCCGAAACUGCUUCUCGUAUUCUGGCAGAAACACAGGUGGCUUCUGAAGCAGCAUCCCCUUUUCAUCACAGGAUGCCACCAAAACCCGUCAUGCAGAAGCAGAACACAUUGCCACCACAAAAGUUGAUGGAGGUCCGGAAGUUGGAAAAGGGCAAGACAUCUGUAUCGAAGAAGGUAAUGGCGUCCAAUCUCAGUGGGAUCUUCCAUAGGAAAAAGAACCAAAUUGAAGGUGGGUCUCCUUCUUACUUGCCUGGUGAGAAGCCCGUAUGAGAUUUCCAGCGCUAUGGUAGACCUUUUCUGUGACUAUGGAUUGGAUGAGACAUGUCAAUGUGUGUUUUUUUGUUUGUGUGGGGGGUGUACAUUCUACAAGUGCAGUAGGAUUCAGGGCGGUCUUGGGGGAAGGAAGAACAGAUGAAAACAUGGGUUUUUGCUGUAUAUUUCCCUUUUGUUAGAUUUAUUAUGAUUGGAAAUCCAUGUUUUUAUGGUAUCAGGCUCUACUCUCAUAAUUUUGUUAUUCUUUUAGUAUUUUGUUCUACCACUACCACAAAGCCAUUCCAUAAAAAUAACCAAACGAAGCUUAAAAAUGUGCUCGUGGCAAUGGCGGCUAAAUCGCAGGCUGGUGUAGCUUAUUCUGAAGCUUAUAUAUGGUUUUGAGUGU